UGUCACACUUUUCACAUUUAGAAUAAGAUAGAUGCAUAUCUGAGUGCUAGAAAAAGUAAGAGCACGAAGAAAUCGAGUGUGAAAAGUUCAAACAAUGUGAACAGACCUACAAUCAUCUCGGGAAACAUACGUGUUCUCUAGCAAAUGAUGACAGUGGGAAAUGAUGAAUGUCACGAGUAUAAACCUAGGAAAUGUAACACAACGUUGUGGAAGAGAAACAUUCAAAUCGAAAUAUAAAUAAAAUUAUUCAAGUGUAGGAUUACAUAGUAGAGUUUAAUUUCAUUCGUUACCUAUUUGACAUUUUGAAGAUAGUCACAAGUAUUGCAUUAUGAGACCUGGUGAGAGACGACAACAAGGUCUGCAAUACGGCAUUUAUUUGCUGUUUACGCAGACUAUAAAUAUUGGCAUUGACAGAAUACCACCUGCUACUCUGAUUGGAGUUAUCUCACAGACUUUGUUGUAUAUUGGACUAAUUAAAGUACCAUGGAAUGCUGAAGAAGUAUGCAUAUCGGCUGUAAAGAUAUUUAAAUACAAAAACUGGCGAUCAUUUUUCUUUUCAAACUUUGAACAUGGAUCUGAUAUGCAUUUAUAUUAUAAUAUGAUUUCUUUCAUUCUAAAAGGCUCCUACUUAGAACCUAUCUAUGGAACAAUGAACUUUGUGCUUUUACUUUUUAUAUUGUCAACUGGAUGUAGUGCUAUGUAUGUAUCCUUAGGAUAUAUACUGAUGCAAUUAACAGGAGAUUAUGGAUAUUAUACAACUUGUGCUAUCGGCUUCUCAGCAACAUUAUUUGCAUUGAAAGUGAUUGCUCUAUGCGAAGAACGUGAUAGAUUACAUAACAUCAAUGGAUUCCAAGUACAGAGUAAAUUAGCUGUAUGGGUUGAACUAAUUCUAAUACACCUGCUAGUUCCAAAUGCUUCCUUUGUGGGUCAUUUGGGAGGAAUUUUAGUUGGAUGCUUAUAUUCUUAUACAUUUGUUGGAGAAAUUAUUGAUAACAUGAUACACACAAUAACUGGCAAACCUAUCAUACAUGAAGAACAAUUUUACAGAAGAAGGAAUACACUAUUCACAUAACAUGUAUAUAUUUUAUAACAAAUCUUUAUUAAAUUUCUUGUACUUACUUUUGUAUCAUAUAACAAAUACAAUCUUGAUAACUUAAA